AUGAGCACGCAUUCGCCGGUGCUGCUAUUCUCCAUGUGCGCGGUUGCGGCUCGAUUUUCGAAACUUAAAGACUGCGAGCGGGAGUGGGAAGAGAAAGCGCGGGAGCUGAUUCUGCAGAACUACGAUAAUUAUUCGUUGGAACUGGUCCAGAGCAUGGUGCAUAUGGGAUUACACGAUUUCGGCAGCAACAACGGCACUAAAGCAUGGAUGUUUGCUGGAAUGGCUGUACGGAUGGGGGCAGCGCUAAACAUGAAUCUUGAAAACAGGAAAAAUGAGAAGGGAAAGGAUGCGAUCGUUCGGGAGUGUACGAGGCGUACCUACUGGUCCUACUACCUGAUGGAUAGAUUCAACAGCUACGGAGUUGCUCGGCCUUUCCUUACGCAAGAUCACGAUUGCCACAUACAGCUUCCUUGCAACCAGCCAUCGUUUGACCAGGGCAAAUAUGUCCUUACAGAGCAUCUUCUCGGAGCGAAUCCCUACAAUCGAGACGUCGGUACCAAGUACAUGGGUGCGAUGGCCUACCUUGUCCGGGUGGUUGGAAUAUGGGGAAAUAUCCUCAAGCAGAUUCACCUUUCUGGGUUUCAGACAUACUCACAGGACGAGACAAAGAGCAAGGCGCCAAACGAAUUCAAUCACUUUAUCGAAAAGCUGGAGAACUGGAGGAAGACAUUACCACCAGGACUUGAGUACUCGAACGAGAAUCUGGCUGGCCAAAUCAGGGUAGGCACCACCGGGGCAUUCGUAACGAUGCACGUCAUGUGGCAUAGCGCUAUGGCUUACGUCCAUCGCUAUGUUCGAACCGUUGGAGUGCCCCACGACUUCAUCAAACAUAACAUCUCGGGCGCCGUCGUGGUGGAGAGCAUUCGAAAAGCCUUCGUCCAUGCUGAUGCCGUGCUACAAAUCAUGUUUCACGUUCGGCAACAGAGAGAUGUGGCCAGGGCUAACAACGAGCCUCCCGUCACCGUCAAUGCACCUUUCCUCGGCCAGGCGAUAUCCGAUGCCUGCAACAUCACCGUCAUUCGAGCGUUGGAGGUUCGUGGUGAGCCCGGAGGAGCAACCGAACAGAGGCGGAGAGUCUGGGUGGGGCUGGAUUGGCUCAAGGAGCUUCGGCGUUAUUGGAAGCCGAUCGAAGGGAUGUACCAGAAGCUCAAGAAGAAGUGCAAGAACCUCGAAAAGAGUGUAUCUCAGCCACCCGGGCACAUGGUGCCCACCCCGGAAUCCAGUGUUGAUUCGGGUCUACAGCCCGGUUCUGCGUAUCCCGUCGAUCCGGACAACUACACCGCCGAGCCCACAUUCACCUCUGGUGGCAUGAACCCACAAAUGGACUUUGCGCAGUUUACCGAUUUCCUCGCGACGGGCAACAUUCCGUUUACCUACUAUGGCGUAGCCUUCGCAGCCGAUACUUCGCAGUACCAUCUAUCGGAAUACGCACGAAACGAAGGCGGCUUCCCGGAUCUAUACCCGUACACCGACUCUCACCCCGAGUCCGUCAGUGCUCCCUACGACUUCGACAUACCCGCCAAUACGAUGAUUGGCGGCGUGGUGGAUAUAAUGCCGAUGCAGAUCGACCAAUCGGGCUCGGCGGCACCGCCGACAGGCUCUUUCGACAUAGCCAACAACCAGGAGGACGAUGGAUCGGACAACAGCGACAACGAGGACGACGAAGACCAAACCGGCGCACACAGGGAACGGGACGAAAAGGGAAACAUCAACGCCAUGUACUUUGAUCCCGCGGCGGUGAGGGACGGAACGUUGCAGGACUCAUCGUCGGAUACAUCAGGCCAUAGCCGUAGGCAGAGCUAUGCCGCCGUCACGAAGGCAGAGAGCAACCCGAUGGAUCUCUUCCACCUCAUCAACCCGGAGAACAUGGACGGGAUCACGGCGAGUCUGCAGAAUCGACAAAACAACCGGGACGAGUUUACUGGGCCCGGCGGCGCUGCGGCGCCCGACAACAACGAGUUUGCCGGCCAACCGAAUCUGGACAACAGCGGCACGGGGGCACAGUGA